AUGAGGCGCCUCUCCAAUUCGGUACCUUCCUUGCGCGGACCAGCUACCACCUCGACGCUCCGGCGCCGGAAGUACUCUGCACGACCGUUUGUGCUCAGUAUACUAGCUAUUGUAACCCUCACUCUCCUGAGCGUUGCCGCGCAUAGAUGGGAUCGCAAUACUGGCCUUCGUGGCCGUAGCACGCUUCAAUCGCGACAGCUUGCGCUCCUGUCUCCAGACAACGAAGAAUGCCGCCUAGUACACGAUGCCCCCAAUCAAUGCGACUUCGUGAGAGCAAACUGCCCCGAUGAAGAGGCUGGAGUCAUCUCGUACCUUACUCUUUACUACUGCCGCCUUCCGAACUUGAAACCCCUCACAUUUAUAAUCCUUAUCCUAUGGCUCUCUCUGCUCUUCAGCACAAUUGGAAUCGCCGCGAGCGAUUUCUUCUGUGUCAAUCUCAGCACAAUCUCAUCCCUCCUUGGCAUGAGCGAGAGCAUGGCCGGCGUCACUUUCCUAGCUUUUGGGAAUGGAAGUCCAGACGUCUUCUCCACUUUUGCGGCAAUGAGUACAAAUAGCGGCAGUCUAGCAGUAGGGGAGCUGAUGGGCGCCGCGGGCUUCAUAACGGCGGUCGUCGCGGGGUCUAUGGCCUUGGUCAGGCCCUUCAAAGUUGCACGGAGAAGCUUCGUUCGCGAUGUUGGUUUCUUCAUUGUCGCUGCAAGCUUCAGCAUGGUUUUUCUCUGGGACGGCAAGCUUUAUUUCUGGGAGUGUGCCACGAUGGUUGCGUUCUACGUGUUUUAUGUGAUCACAGUCAUGGUGUGGCACUGGUGGCUCGGCAGGAGACGGGCACGCAGGCAACGGACUGCUACGAUGAGAAGUCAAUAUGUUCUCCCUGGAGGAGACGAGGAAGAGGUGUACCAAGCAUACCAGGACGACGAAGAUGGACCGGCUGGCGACGCCCGCACACCUCAGCGCGGACUCUCGGCGGACGACUUUUCCGCACUGGAGCGUGCUGAUGAGGAAGACCUCUUAGAUAUUGAUGACGAUGACGGAGAAGAAGUCCGCGAAAGAUGGCUUGGGGAAUUGAACAGUAAUAUGCGACUGAGCAGGCCGCGUAUAGGCGAGCGUCGUAACACACAACAGCCAAUUCGACCAAGCUUGGUGGGCGUAUUGGAGUUUCGCGCUGUGCUGUCCUCGCUGAAGAAGUCUAGGAACAUCCAAUCUAUCCCAAUACACCUUCGACGAUACUCAGACGAUCCUACUUUCACUACUGCGCAGCAACAGGACCUCCUAUCCACACCCUCGGGCCCAGCCUCACGUCCGCCAUACGCAGUAACACACGUGAACUCAGACGAGUCCCCUGGAGUUUCUAGACCGAGUGCAGCGACAAGGAACGCCGGCGUGCAUCGUGCUCGAGCUGUCUCUACAAAUGACGUUGACACGGCUCUCCUGGAUCCCAGUACUCUUCAACGAGGAGCUGUACCGAGUAUUGACCUCCUCGGACCGUUGCAUGAAGACGAUAGAGGUUCAACACAUUCAAACGUCGAUCGGGCCCCAUCACCAAGCUUUUCCAUCUCCCCACCGCCAUCUAACCAUGGAUCGCAAGCUACGAGUCCAGCACCCCCACAAGUGAUGGUCUCGUCACCAAAUUCUUUGGCACCGCCUGCUCCUGGUGCCCCCGGGCCUCCGCCAAUACGGCUUAGCGUUCCUAGCGCUUCGUCGCCAGAUCCUAAUUUACAUCCUGGGCCUCGCCCUUACCCUAAGCUUAAUAUACCAGGAGCGUCACCGCCAUCUCCAUUUCCCGCGUACUACGACCGUUCGCCUUCAAGUUACACUUCCUCUAGAGCACCUAGCUUACGACUACCACCAGCUAGCCUCUCUCCUGAGUCAAUAUUCCACCAUUAUGAUUUCGUACAUCCAGAUCAAGACGAGAAGCCUUUGAAAUGGUGGCCCUACAAAGUGCUACCUCCACCGCAGGUCCUCAUCUCUACUCUAUUCCCGACGCUGUAUAAUUGGUCCGACAAAAACAUAUGGGAAAGGUUCUUAGGUGUUAUUGCAGCGCCUAGCGUGUUUCUUCUAACAAUCACCUUGCCUGUGGUCGAAGCGGAGAGGGACGAGGAAAACACUGCGGGUCCCCCAAACCUUAGUUUACCACACAGCGCGACGUCAACGACUGGAAACGGUGCUAGCUUCAGCCGAAGCACUAUCACAAUCCUACCGCCCGACAACCCAGAAUCAACUGAUGCGGCUAUACUCAACGGCGAAGGUCAUAGUCUUGACUCUACCGGAGGCCGAAAGAGUAGCAAGGGUCAAGCAAAGCAAGGAGAUUCUAUUGAGUCAACAGAGCAACACAAUCUGCACCUCCAUCAUGCUGAACCAGUGCUUCUCUCUCCUACCAACCCUCGCAUACUGCAAUCUCCCGAGCAACUGCCAAUGAACGACAACACUCCGCCUGAGCCAAAGCAGUGGAACCGUUGGCUGGUUAUCUUACAAGCAUUCACAGCUCCUUACUUCAUUGUGCUGAUUGUCUGGGCCAACACAUCCCUUGACUCACCUCGGGCUCUUGUGAUGCCAACGCUAUACUCCCUCAUUGUCUCAUUGGUUCUGCUUGCUAUCAUCCUUACUACAACAACACCAACCCGGCCACCACGAUGGAGAGUGGUGCUCUGUUUUCUGGGAUUCGCGGUAGCUAUAUCCUGGAUCAGCAGUAUUGCCAACGAGGUGGUGGGCGUUCUCAAGACACUGGGUGUGGUCCUCAACAUGAGCGAUGCGAUCCUGGGGCUCACCAUCUUCGCCGUGGGCAACUCGCUCGGCGAUCUCGUGGCGGACAUCACAGUGGCGCGACUCGGAUUCCCGGUGAUGGCGCUCUCAGCGUGUUUCGGGGGCCCGAUGCUCAACAUUCUUCUGGGCAUUGGGAUCAGCGGGUGCUACAUAACGCUCAAAGGCGGGCAGCACGACCAGAAGAAGCAUCCCGGCCACCCGCUGAAGAUGAAGCCGUUCCAUGUGGACGUCAGCACCACGCUGGUGAUUUCUGGAGCGACGCUUCUGGUCACUUUGGUGGGCCUCUUGGUGGCCGUCCCGUUACGGAAGUGGAAGAUGGACAAGAUGAUUGGGUGGGGGCUGGUUAUCUUAUGGGCGCUCAGCACGCUGGGGAAUGUCAUGGUAGAGAUCUUUGGCUGGGGCUACGACAGCUAA